AUGGCAGCCAAAGCCCUCUCCCUUCGCUGCGUGGGCUUCUGCGGCGUGGACGACUCCGUGGAGCCUCUGCUGCUCCGUGCCGUCUCGCUGGCCCACCCGUGGGUCGAGUGGGGCGUGCUCUUCCGGCCCGAGCUGGCGGGCACGCCGAGGUAUGCCUCGGAGGGCUGGCUGGCGGCACUCGCCGAGGCCAACACCGCCGCCGCCGACGGCUCCGGGCGGCCGAUGCGGCUGGCCGGCCACCUGUGCGCGUCGCGCGUCGAUGAGCUGCUGCGCGGCGAUGCCACCUUUGUGAGCGCCGUCGCAAAGCAGGUUGGCUUUGGCCGCUUCCAGAUCAACGCGACGGCCGCCAACGGGGUGGACGUGGGCGCCUUUGCGACUCCCGAGGGCGCCGACGCGUGCACAGCGGCGAUCGCCGCAGUGUGCGCCGCGUGCCCUCACCUUGAAUUUAUUCUGCAGUGCAACGUGCAGACGCGCCCUCUUUGGGAGCGCAUCUGGGGCCGCGCCGGUGCGGCUCGGUGCAGUGGGACUCUGUCUGAGGCGCCGCCGAACCUGUCGCUGCUCUACGACGACUCGAUGGGGCUCGGCGUCUCGUGCACGGCGUGGCAGCCGCCGCGCGAGGGCGUGCAGUGCGGCUACGCCGGCGGCCUCUCGCCGUCGAACCUCAAGUCUCAGCUGACGGCCAUCGGGCAAGUCGCGGACGGGAGGCCGCUCUGGGUGGACAUGGAGUCGUCGCUGCGGUGCAAGACGGGGGACGGGCGCGACGUCUUCGACGCCAACCGAGCGGUCGCGUGCGUGCGCGUGGUCGGCGAGCUUCUGGGCGCAGGAGUGAGGGCUGCUGCGUAG